AUGCAGGGAAAUAAGAAACACAUGGAUGGACUUAGUGACUCCUCUAGUAUAGGGAGCCUCCUGGAUGACACAGACAGAGAGGUAUGUAGCCUCACAGACCGAGCAUUCAAGAGUUUGUGCGUGGCAGAACUUGAAGCAUCUGACAAGGAAUUGGAGCUUGUCAUUUCACCGGAAAUCACCCACCAAUUCUCUAGUAAAAUUCACCAAGGAACACUAAACCAUGCCAUCAAGAAAAGUAAUAUCUGCAAUAAGUUAUCAUCGAAAAACAACGAGCAUACAACACGGGCUUCAACAUUCCAGCAAUUACCAAAACGUGUUCAAGAAGAGAAAAAAGUUGCUAAAAACAGCACCGUGGAAAGGAAAAAGCCAAAUUUGCCAGUAUCUGGUCCAAGGAAAAACAAACAUGCCUCCAAAGUGUCCUGUUUGAUUAAGACAUUUGAUAAGACUGAAAACCAAUGUCCAGAAGGUUCCCUGGGAGCAGUCAAACAGCCAGUUAAAAAUAGUUCUCAAAAAUGCAGAUUAACUCAGGGAAAUGGCAUGGCUUUCUGGGAUGACACAGCAAUUUUAAAUAUCCAAAGGGAACUUUCCCACUUUUCUGAUGUGUGUCGAGAUAACCACUGGCUCAGUGACAAACACGAGGUCCAGAAAAGACAUAAUAAAACUGAUGGGGGCUAUUGUGGUCCGGAUGGUUAUCAUCCUGCAAGGAUGGACACUUCAAACGUAUUUAAGGCAAAUCUCACCAGCUCUUCUAAAAAGACAGUCAAAAACAGGCGUGGGAAAGUUAAAGAGCCAGCCAAAAAGGGCAAUUUUCUUCACAGCGAGAACAGUGCUUUUGAAUCAUGGAAUGCCCAUCAUAAUAAACUGAGUGAAAAAGAGGGAUUUGCAGAUCUUAUACCAAAAAAGGAGGAUAUUACACGCUUUGAAGAAACACCAUUGGUUAAACGAUCCUACACAUCUGAACAUAAACCACCACCCAGAAAGGUCAUAGGUGCUAGAAUUCAGGAAAAGGAUUUUCUAAUGGAUCUAUUUCCCCCCACAACUGAAUUCCAGGACCAUGUCCCACCAGCAACUGUACCUCAGGUCCUUGGCCCACUAAUACCUGUACACCCUGUCUCUCCAGCAGCUGAGUUUCAGGUUCCUAUUCCACCAGCACCUGUACCCCAGGUCUCUGGCCCAUCAACAUCUGUACCCCAGGUCUCUGGUCCACCCCUAGCACCCACGUCCCUGACCCCUGCUCCCCCCACAUCACCUGUAUCCAAGCCCCCUGCUUCACCACCGUCUGUGUCCCAAGUCACUUGCACUCAGAAGAAGGCAACCAAGCCUGAAUUGGACUAUAUCUGUCCACCGUGGAGGAAACAGAGGAAUAUAAAAGGGGUAGUGGCAAAAGCACAGGAGAGUUCAAAUGAAAAGUUACAGCUCAUUGGAGAAGAAUUCUCUUUUUAUAAAAAGCCAUCUGCUGUUGAACCUUUUGCUGACACAACUGCAGUAGAUAACCAGGUAAACUCCCCUGAAUCCAUUAGCCCCUCUUUCAACAUCACAAAACUUUUAACACCAAUUAUACCAUUAAAACAAGAGACAGAAAAUCAACCAGUGCUGGUGACACCACCAAUACCUGACAUUGCAGCAACAAAAGAACAUGAGGGAAGUGGAUUUAGUGAUUAUCAAUCUCGGGAUAAUUACAAGUCUAAAGCACCAAGUUUAUUAUUCAACCUGAAGGAUGUUCGAAAACGUGUUAAAAGCACUUAUAGUCCCUCUCCUCUCUUAAAAGAGAAAAAUAAGACUAAGGAAAACAUGAAACAAGAAAGUGUAAAAAUGAAUGCUACAGUGUCCACUUUUCUAGAAGAAAGUAGCUUAGAGCUUGCAGAGAGAGAUGAAUUAAGCCAUGGACCUUUUGUACAAACUGACAGUAUCCAGGAAAAGGACAAUAAAACUGAUUUAGAGGGACACUUCAUAGAUAAUUACCUAUCUUUAAGUUCACCCCAAGUAACAGUAGAUACUUCAUUUUACCAAAAUCAGGACAAUUUGCAACAGGAUGAUUCAAAAAACAAAGAUCUAUUGAAAGACACUGAGAACAGUGAAAAUGUGUCUAUCUCUGGACACCAGUCAAACAAACACGGUUUAAGGAAAAGUCGACAUUAUCCUUCACUGAAAGGCUACCGUAGAGACAAUGCAGAUGCAAAAGCUGCGCAGCAAAUGCAAAUCUAUAAUUCCAGUGUACAAGGCCACGAAAGUGAGAGAGAUGCUGAAAGCCGGAAUGGAAAUGAUGACCCUAAAAUACCCCCAAAACUUCUUUCACCAGCAGAAGAUGGUGCGCCUUACAAUGCAAAUCAAACCAGUGUAAGAAGUAGCAAUGAAAAUAAAGGCAAAAGCAGCAGUAGUUCUUCUGAAUACUGUUUUGUGACCACAGUAGAUCAGCCGUUUCAGGCGGAGCCCUUUUCACUGAUUCAGCUGUUUCAGAAAGCAUGCCUUGAGGAAAGCCAGAGGAGUAGGAGUAAAAUGAAUGUAGAUGACAAGCAAAGUAGUAAAGGGAAAGGGAAACCAGUAGGGAAAGAGGAGUUGCAGUAUUAUGCUUUUAGUAACUGUGACACUAGCACAGAAGAAAAGCGUGAAGGAAAGGUGGCACAGGGUGAGAGCGAGAGCAUGGCAGAAGAGAGAUUGAUGAGUGAGAAGAGGGAAGAGGUCAGUAGUAUGAAUUCUGCAGCAGAAGGCAACAAGGAUGCUUCCACCUCCCAGUCAGAAGAGCCAGCAUCACCACUUUCUUCAAAUUCAUUCAAACCCAGUCUGUUUCUGAUUAAAGACAACACAUUCAAAUCAUCUCCUGUGAUAAAGGCAGUCAAGCUGCCCCUGCUUAGGUCCCUGUCCUCAGAAGACACAGUCAGUAUUAGUUACAGGGAGACAGAAAGCAGAUUGGAAGCUACUGUAGACAAGGACAAGCAGCUUUACAGGCAGGGCCAAGGUACACCUAGCAUUCAAGAGAUUGACCGGUCAUUAUCAAGAAACAUAAAAGACCAGGAUGCAAGAGAAGAUGCACUAAUCAGAAAUGAGGAUGCCAAUGCACUGGGAUCUAUUCCAGCUGGCAUGGGCUUUCAAGGGGCAGAUAACACCAAACUAAUAUGGAAGCCCACCCUUUCGGAAGAUGUAGAGAGUUUUUCAUUACGGGCAUCAAGGGAAGACAAUGAAGUGACUCCUACUUUAUUAAAUAAAGUUGGGAAAAGUAAUGAGGAAAGUGUUCACCGCAGCAAAGAGAAGCCCACGGUUGGAAAGCUGAAGCACUACUUAGCACGGUCAAAAUCAGCUUUAGGAGUUAGCUCAGCACAAAACAAAUUGGGCUCCCCUUCAGAAGAGAAGACAAAUUAUUUUAAGAAUUAUCUUUUGUCUAAUCGGAGAGGUGGAUCAUGUGUGAAAAAAAUAAUCACUAGGGAGAUAAAUUCUCCAGCAAUAAGCUUGAUAUUAGAGAACUACGUGCAUUGUCCUGUAACCAGUGACAUUUCAAGAGACAUCAGACACUUGGAAGAAACACCUGCUGUGUUAGACGAUCUUGCGUGUACCAUUGUAACGAGCCCAAGGUCAGACAGCAUUAUGUGCUCAGCUGUUACUAGUCCAUUGUCAGAGAAAAUUGCCAGUUCCAGUGUAACGAAGGCAGAGGAUAUUACAAAUUCCACUUUGUUGAAUUUGGUAACAAAGAUCAACGCUGAUAUUUCGGCAGAGGAAAUACUCGAUUCAUCGCAGAGGAGCCUGCUUGCUGAGGACACCAGCGAUUCUAGAAUGACAAAUGAGAGAGCGCAGAGUCGUAUGGAGAAACCGCUGGGCAAGCCACCUGCUGUGCCACCAAAAAGCGAAAAGGCCCUGCGGCGAGCAAAAAAGCUGGCAAACAAGAGAAAAAAGAUAGAGGCACAGAAGAAGAACCUUCAAACAGAGCACACAGAUACUGUUGUGAGAAAGCUGUCCCAUUCUGGACAGAUUCCAUUAUCCCCCUUAACCCUGAUCCAUUCUCCACCAUCUCCUGUGUCCUGUUCGCCUUUCCCUCCUACAGAAUCUAGCAUGGUGAGACUCAAAGGUGCCCAGUCAGUAAGCCCCACACCCUCUUUACCUGCAACUCAGCGUAAACUCCUUCAAGAUCCUGACUCAGGGCAGUACUUCGUUGUCGAUCUAUCCGGUCAAGUUCAUUUCAAGACCUUUUAUGAGCCAGAAACUGGCAAAUACAUCCAAGUACCCAUCUGUUCCUCAGAAAGGGGCUUACACCGAACCACCUCUUUGGAAAAUUUAAAUUCUCCUUGUGUAUUGUACCCUAGUGUACUACCUUUACCUGUGACAACUAUGAGAUCAGUUUCCCCACUCUCUGAACCUCUUUCACUAGUGCAGAAAGUACCAGGAGCACCAGCAGAAGCAGCUGAAGACUGGCAGCAAGACAGCAGAGAUGCUCAAUCGCCAGAGAGUCAACCCUAUAUUGAACCUGUAUCUGACUCUUACAGUCAACAAGCUGAGGAAAUUCAGUGUAAUUGUACAAAAGACACGAGUCCAGCUACAAACAUGGACAUCAUUUCAAUCAGUGAUUUAGAGGAUUUUGCUGUCGAAGGGAUAUCUUAA